AUGAAGGACAACAGGUCACGGCCCCACAAGAUCCACAUUACGUCUUCAUCGCUUCGACUGGGAAGCGUCGUCCGACAUCUGAGGAAGGAGCACAAAGUCGUGCCACCUUCUAGACAACGUGCAGGCUCAGUUACCGGGAGUGGAGGUGCAGAACGGAACCUGCUUGAUAUGCUUCGCGCCGAUCCGACGAACCCUCGAGAUCAGACUCUUCUCAGCAAUCUGCAUACGUUAUUCGAUCCGAAGAUGAAUCAACUGCUCCUGCUCGACUGGCUUACAUAUCAUAACCUCCCCUUUAAUGUCGUAAACUCUGAGCGCUUCAGACGACUCCUUCUCUACAACAACCCGGCUCUCCAGGAAGGCCAGAUACCAACUGGCAAAACGCUUGUGAAUCUGCUACUAGAUGAGUAUAAUCGCGCUCUUGCGCUUGCAGAUGAAGUUGCAGAUACAAUAUGCGCGUUUGGUCUUGAAGACAGAAUCGGGUACUACACGCUUGACAACGCUACGAAUAAUGAUACGGCUGUGGAAGCGCUUGCCGCUGAGUUCGAUUUCGACAGGAAGAGCGUCGCAUCCGCUGCGCCCUCAUUUUCUGAACCUGGCCGUCAGGGCUAUGAUGUACGGCAGCAAAGGGAUAAUUUCAACGAGUUGCUUGCUCAUUGGGGCGAUAAGGACUUUGUGGCUGAAGAGGAAGAGCAGCGCCAGUUGUCCGACGCUAUCAAUGAGCUGGCGACCGACGACGACUUCUGUGUGCCGAGCAUGGAAGAAGGAUUCGAGGUUGAAACAGUCCCAGAAGGCAGUCAGGAUCAGGACGUACUGCCCGACAUCAUCAAUGGCGAAGAAGUGGACAAGUACCGCAAGUUUGGGCCAUUUGGCAAACUUCACAAUAUUGGCAUUGCUCUUCGAACGAGCAGUCAACUUCUCGAGGUCUUUUACGAAGCUCAACGGCAAACCGCUCCUACUGAACCUAUUCUUACGUGGGUUCAAAACGUCUGCACUCGCUGGAUGUUUUCCAUCAUCGAGGAACGAUGGCUUGGCAAAGGCGGCAAAGAACAGGACAAACCAGCGAUACUGAAAGAACAACUUUCCCUUGAAGAAUGGAAGGUCGUUGUUGCGGUUCAGAAGAUCCUUCAGCCAUUCAAGAUCGCCUCGAAGCAACUCCAGGGCGAGGGUAUUGCUGGUAAACGCUCCACGUCAGGAGGGUUCGAUGAGUACUUCCGGUGGUAG